AUGUCCCUCCCCAAAGAACCCCGAUCCUGGCAAAAACCAAACUUCCUCAUCUCCACCGACAAAUCCCUCCUCUCAAUCCCAGCAAUCAACCACGCAUUCAGCCUGGACAUUAUAUACUGGACUCACCCCGUUCCAGACAAUAUCAUGCAAGGCAUAGUCGAGAAUUCGUUCUGUUUCGGUCUCUACGAAAUCACCACCACCAACCCCGACACCAACUCCACAAAUGGCCAACAAUGCGAAUCCUUCCAAAAAGAGUACCUAAAACAAAUCGGUUUCGCCCGUCUUGUCGGUGACAUGAUCACUUUCGCUUAUCUGACGGAUCUAUAUGUAUUACCGGGGUAUCAGGGAUUAGGUCUGGGAGGGUGGAUGAUUGAUUGUAUUGGGGAGUUGUUGGGUGAGAUGCCUUAUUUGCGGUGGGCGAUGUUGAGAACGUCGAUGGAGAAGAGUCGGGAUGCUUAUGUUAAGAGGCUGGGUAUGGCGGUGCUGAAGUCUGGGGAUAUUGAGGAUGGGCCUGUUAUGAUGGGAGUGAAGGGGAAGAAGGGCGGGCCCUAA